AUCCUUUGCCUUCAUGGCCACGGCACCAACGCUGCCAUUUUCCACCUGCAGGCUCGUCGAAUCGUCUCUGCCCUGCACACCCGUUUUCGCUUCAUCUUUGUCAAUGCUCCUUUUGAUUCCCCUCCAGGACCAGGUGUUCAACCGGCAUUCACAGACCUUGGGCCUUUCUACCGCUGGCAUUGCGACUCGACUGUCGUUGGUGAGUUUGACAUCACGUCUGAGGAUGUAGAACGCGAACGACGCCAUGUGCGCGAUUUAUUGACAGGCUACUUUGAACGUGAGAAUGCUGGAGAGGGACCGGGUAUUGUGGGAAUCAUGGCAUUUAGCCAGGGAACACGGCUAGCAACGGGAAUAUGUAUGGAUAGAGAGUUGCGAAAAGGCGUCAAGUUUGCCAUCUUGAUCGGAGGCACGUUUCCUACGCUAGAUGUGGAUGUAUUCGAGAAUGAGGCUGUUGGAAUGACUGCAUUGGAAGAUGAUCGAAGCACUGGAUACGACAAGGAAUUGGAAGAGUUCUUUGGGCGCUUUUCGCCCUCAUCAUCAUCUGGAGAUGGUUCACUAUCUCCCACGGCAUCCACAUCAUCCAUCUCGAGUGAUGUGAACGCUCUUAUCAACAUUCCGUCCAUCCACAUUCAGGGCAGCGCUGAUCCAUGGCGAUGCGAAGGUACGAAGCUGCGGCAAACAUACUACAACCCUGAUCUGACGACUGUCAUCAACUUCCGUGGGGGCCAUCAAGUGCCAACAGGUGCAAAGGAAGCCAAGAUAGUUGAAGCAGCAGUUACAACAGCGUGGGAUAGGGCAAUGACUCUGAGGUGUAUUGACUGA